AGUUUUUGUACUCAUUUGUGUUCGCUAAGAAUGAGGAUUAAUGGAUGUACUUAGUGAGUACGUCAAUGCUCAGAUUAGGUGCGCCACAGCUCAAUGCCUGGAUCAACUUGGAUUCACUCAAACCAGCAGUUCAUGUUUUGAUGCAAUGUCCGAUGUAAUGAUGUUAUACCUGAGAAAAUUCUGUUCCACCGUUAAGUUUUGCGCUGAACAAAGAGGGCAGACGACACCAUGCCUGCGUGACGUGAACAGAGCCUUCCAUUUUAUGCGAGUCAACCAUCAUGAGUUAUACGAUUACCUGAAGCAGGUCCGGUCGAUCGAGCCUCCACUGUUGGUGCCUAAUUUUCCCGUAUCACAUUUGGAAAAACGCUCGCUUGUUGAUAGCCAGUGUCAGACAGUUGACGCCGUCAUUGACGAAAGCCCUCCUGUAGAGGAAGAUGAACCGGCAUCAACGAAAACCAUUCCCGAUUUUUCGGGUGCAACCACGUACAGCGCUGGUCUCAUAAGUAAGAGUUCCAUGGCCCAAUUAUCAACUGAUAAAGAAAAGCCAAAAAUUAAGAUUCUCUUGCCACUACCUCCUCCACCAUCUGCUCUGCCUUCGAUAGAUCACAAGAAUUGUCGUAUGGUAUCUGCAAAUGAACUCGAAACUAAGAGAAGCAUUCCGUCAGCGUCUGGUAGGGCUUCCACAGAAAACUCCAAGAGUGAACGUGAGAGCAGCGAGUUCGACCCAGCUUCUGCUAAACGAAAAAAAGCGGAUCAUUGUGGCGUAGUCACUACAACAUCCGGAUUGCAAAGAACGUUGAUAAAUCCACCGAAAAAGAAAAUCAAAGAUGACAUCACCACUGACGUUACAAAGAAUGAAAUCAGAGAAUCUGCCCCUAAAAAAGAAUCACCCAGAUUGAUUGAGUUGCGAGAAAAGCUAGAAAAACAGCGGAUGAUGUUCAAAGAAGUUCUUGAAAAGGCCAAAGCUUUGCUGCGAGAAGAAGAGGAGAUUACGGAAAAGCCACAUACAAGUGUGGAACAAGUCGAGUCGGUUGAAAGAAAGGUGCCGCCCUUGAAGUUGAAGGUCAUCAGAGGUCCGAAGGGUGUUGACUAUGAGAUCGUGAAACCGCAGUUUAUACUUCACUUCAAACGAAGUGUGCUGUUGGAUAGCGGUCUCGCUGAAGUUACACCUACCAAAUGUCAAGAAUCCCCUGGACAAUAUAUCGCAGAAAGCGAGACGUCGAGCAAAGUUUAUACGGAACGUAAUGUUCGUAAACAGGAGGUUUCUCGAAGCAAAAAAGCUGGGACGAUGCCAUAUCUAGCCUCCGAUCUCAUGAAAAAUUCGUACACGGUGCUAACAGCUUGUAUGAGUGGACGUGCUUUUCCUGACCUAAGCUGUCAGGAUGAGGAUGGCCCUAAAGACCAGAAACCUCAGGAACUUGCCGAGGAUUCAAUCAGAACCCAGAAAGCGCAUGAGGUUAUCUGGCAACGGCUGUUUAGUCAGGAUGGAAUAAUUGUAAGACAGGCAAAGAAGGUAACUGCGCAUCAAGGUUUUAUUUAG